GCCCCGCCCACAGUGCCAGGCUCCGGUGUGUGAGUGCCAGUCAGUGAGAGGUCUGUGCUGGCCGCUGGCCCCGUGCCAGAUACUCCCAGUGUGCCCGCGGGGGCCCCUACCACAACCACUCUCCAGUCCUUGCACAAAAAAGCAUAAAUAAAGGAUUAAACGACUUUAUAAAUCCCAACACCGUUAAAGUUGUACCAAUUUACAAGAAAAAAAAUUGGUAAAAGAAAAGUUUUAAUCAUGUGAAUUUGUUGAAAUUACUACUGUACAACGCCACUGGGGAGUCAGGUCCCAGGAGGCGGACACAAGACCAUGCUUCAUACACAAGGGAUGCUGUAUGCUGCAGCCAUUCUUAUCGUCCAUGCUGCCUCAAACAAGGUCCCUGGAUCACGACGAAGGUGUGAGGAACAGGGCGUCCUUCAGGGCGAGAUAAGGACGCUGCAGGAAACUCAGGAGGUGCUUCAGGGAGAGGUCACCGCCUUGAGGGACACCGUCGCCACCUUGAGUGCUCUCGUCUCCGGCAUGCUUCCAGAGGACUGUAGUGUUGCGCAGGCUAGAGGCUCCUGGUCCUCUGUCACACAGGUGUGCCCGCCUGGACUAGGGCCGCGGAAGGUGCGGUGCGACCAGAAGACUGCGGGAGGCGGCUGGACAGUCAUCCUAGCGCGGCUGCCUACCCACCAGCAACCACAGGAUAGACAUGACUUCAACCGCUCCUGGCACCAGUACAAGGAAGGCUUCGGUGAUAUUAACGGCGAGUUCUGGAUAGGUAAUGAUGUCCUCCACGCUCUGACCCACGAUGUCCCAAACCAGCUCCGGGUGACGCUCAGUGACUGGAAAGGGCGCAGUGCCGUCUCCACCUGGGACUACUUCAGAGUGGGAAGCGAGCAGGAGCAAUACAAGCUGAGUGUUGGUCAGUACCAGCCGGAGAGUACAGCAGGGGACGCCCUCUCACACCACAACCAGCGGGCCUUCUCCACCUACGACCACGACAACGACAUUGACCACUUUGUAGAUCACUGCGCCCAGCGCCACGGCGGCGGGUGGUGGUACUUCAGCUGCUACGUCUCCCACCUGACGGGGACGGCGCUCCCGCCCAACGUUACCGGACACCACGGCAUCGUCUGGAGGACUUGGCGGGAAACUCUAGGGCUUAAGGACGUCACCAUGAUGAUCAGACCUGCGUCGCUCCCGACGUGCCCUCGCAAGCCCUGAUGAUUCGUCUCUGAGGCAAGCCAGCAAGCCCUGAUGAUUCGUCUCUGUGGCAAGCCAGCAAGCCCUGAUGAUUCGUCUUUGUGGCAAGCCAGCAAGCCCUGAUGAUUCGUCUCUGUGGCAAGCCAGCAGGCCCUGAUGAUUCGUCUCUGAGGCAAGCCAGCAAGCCCUGAUGAUUCGUCUCUGUGGCAAGCCAGUAGCCCUGAUGAUUCGUCUCUGUGGCAAGCCAGUAGUCCUGAUGAUUCGUCUCUGUGGCAAGCCAGUAGCCCUGAUGAUUCGUCUCUGUGGCAAGCCAGUAGCCCUGAUGAUUCGUCUCUGUGGCAAGCCAGCAGGCCCUGAUGAUUCGUCUCUGAGGCAAGCCAGCAAGCCCUGAUGAUUCGUCUCUGUGGCAAGCCAGCAGGCCCUGAUGAUUCGUCUCUGUGGCAAGCCAGUAGCCCUGAUGAUUCGUCUCUGUGGCAAGCCAGUAGCCCUGAUGAUUCGUCUCUGUGGCAAGCCAGCAAGCCCAGAUGAUUCGUCUCUGUCGCAAGCCAGCAAGCCCUGAUGAUUCGUCUCUGUGGCAAGCCAGUAGCCCUGAUGAUUCGUCUGUGUGGCAAGCCAGCAAGCCCAGAUGAUUCGUCUCUGUCGCAAGCCAGUAGCCCUGAUGAUUCGUCUCUGUCGCAAGCCGGCAAGCCCUGAUGGUAUAUCUUUAUGUUUACAAUAUGCCCAAAUACUCUGAUCCACUGCCAGGAUUGACCAAGUAUUUGCACAUCCUCUUGUGAAACCUGUAUAUCUUUCAUCAGUCACGGAAGCUUUUGUUUACAUUCAUUAAACAGUUUGAGAGUUUCGAAAGGUCACAACUUGAGGUUAUUAUUGUUAGAAACAACAUUGUAGGUGUUUGGAGCUCAAUAAAUGGAAAGAAAGCCGUCAUGAGUGUGGAAAGAUGUAGAGGUUUCGUAAGAGGUUGCGUUAAGGCUUCAUGGAUCCCGGCCCUGAUCUGCAUGUACAAAUACAAACGGUGAAUUCAGAUUUAGAAGAAUUAAGAAAUUUUGAAAGAUCUGAAAACUGCAGCAUCCAAAAGGUAUUUACAACAUUUUAAGCAUUAAUACGGGGCACCUGUUUAUAGAACUCAUCAAUGUCAUAGUGUUGUGACGAUUCUAUUAUUCUGUCAAUUAUAUGGCGAGCCGUAAUUAUAUGGUAGACGUUCACUUGAACACUUUCGGUACUAACUGUGAAGCUGUAGAAGAUCUUAUGACAUUGGUCUUGGACUGGUUGGUAGAGAGACGAACUCUCUCUCUCUACAGGUCAAGGUUCGAUUCCCCUAUAUGAUCCAAGUAAAUAGGCACCGAUCCUUCACACCGUCCUCCUAUCCCAGAGUUUCUAUCCUUUCCCCGUUAUACCUUCCAUUUGCUAUACAGGCAUACUAUGUAUACUUAACCAUUCUAUAUAAUCAAUUAUUUUACCUACACUGGAGAUACUUGCCCAUAUUGAUGCGUAUAAAUCUUGUAAUCUAGUCUGCCUAUCUCAUGCCUUGUGUGGCACUAAACAGAACGAUAAACAUUAAUGAAAAAACUGACCAAACUCUCAAGUUAGACAAAAUUGCAAUUCAGUUUUAUCAACUAUUAUAUGUUUUAAUGUGUGAUGUACUGUGUGUUUGCUGAAGCUGUGUUUGUUUUAAACUAUAAUCUAGGACUAUAGUCUUGUGUAUGAUCCACUGUCCUGUGUGGCAGUGAAUGUGAGUAGCAUCUUCACUGUCCUGUGUGCCAGUGAAUAUGAGCACCAUCCCCACUGUCCUGUGUGCCAGUGAAUAUGUCCAAUAUCUUCACUGCAAUAACGCCUGAUGUAAGUACCCAGAUUAGGCAAAGCUGUACAUAUAUAUAUGCAUUUGAUCAAUAAAGAUGACGUAACUGUAAGUUCCUGAGGGCUGCUCUGGGAACUAUAUCGCCUGUACAGCUUACAAUGACCAACA